UGUUGACUCAUGAGGCUUCCAGUUUGUUUUUUCUGUCAAUGGCCAGAGUUUCAGUCUAGUUUGAUUAUUUGUCAGCUGAGAACAUGACCAGCGUCAGAAUACUCUGCGCAAGUCUGGUUGGGUUGUUUCUUAUAUUUUUGAAGGAUAACAGUAAAUGCUGCAUUGUCACUGGUUUUCUACCACCAAAACCAAACAUCAGUCAACUGAAGGCUAUUAGCGACAAGCAAAGCCUUGUGGUGAGUUGGCUGGGGAAAAGAAAAGACCCAGUGAGUGACAUUUAUGAGAUCCAGAUUAGCCGCACCGAAAAGCACACUAUCAUUUAUAGUACAAAUGUGAGUGUAUCUGCUGGAAAUUCCAGUGAAUACACAUGGACAUGGAUUUCUGAUCUGCCCCUGGAGUGUGCUGAUCACUCUGUCAGAAUACGAAAUCUCUGUAAUCAGUCUGUUGCGAGUCCUUGGAGCAACUGGAUAACCAACUAUGGAGUCAAGGAAAAUGUUAAGAGCAAGAUAUUUCCUAUUCAGCGAGUACUGAUGGAGGGCACCAGUGCUAUUUUCUGCUGCGUUCCCCCACAAGGAGUUAAUAUCACGAGCAUGAAUGUUGGGAGCAUCCAAUAUCCUCUUAUGAGUAUUGGAGCCAGAGUCAAGGCUGUUACUGUACACAACCUGACGAUCUCAAAAACACUCAUAAAAGUUUUGUUACUCACUUGCACUGAAGCAACAGGCAAGGAAAAUUCAGUGUGGAACUACAUUAGUUUUCCUCCUCAGAAGCCCAGAAACCUCAGCUGUGCAACAUCAGACAGGGCAACUAUCAACUGCACCUGGGAUUCAGGCAGAAAACGAGAUCCAUUUGAUAAAAACAUUCAAACACACACUCUCCACAUACAGAACUCAAACCAGGCUCCCAUUAAGUGUACACCAUUAGGUUGCACUUUCCCAGUUGUUCCACAGAUGCAAGAAUACAACAUUAGUGUAGUGGUGAAAGACAUGCUGGGAGAGGAGAUGGAGAGCUACAGCUUCAACAUCGCUGACAGAGUAUUUCCUGUGUUGGAGAGGGUCAGAGUAAAUCCUGGGGUAGCAGAUGCCAACGUGUCCUGGAGUGUAAUGGGGAACUUGACGCAAAUGAACCUCCUUUGUCAGGUUUCCACAAUUCCAGAUAGCAUCAUACAGCUUAGUUGCAACAGUUCAAGUGGCCUCUGCAAAGUUACAGUGGAUAAUCUGCAUCCUGGCAUGGGUUACUUUACCAGGGUGCGCUGUUCUGUUGAUGGGAAAUUCUGGGGAGCAUGGACACAACCCACUCGUUUCACAACAUGUCCACUGGUGACCUUGGACUUAUGGAGGAGAAUAAAGCAGCUAUCUGACUCACACAUCCGCCACAUUACUCUACUUUGGAGUCCACAUGUUGUUAGCAGAGAAGCAGUAAACAUCCAAGGCUACACACUUCAGUGGUCACAUGAAAACCAAAUCCAGACAGAACUGAAGGACAGUGAACAGAGACAGACGGAGGUCUCAAUAGGUCCAGGAAAGUGUGAGUUCACCGUCCAAGCUGUUCUUCGCACUGGCUCCUCCAUCCCUGUUCGCAUCACCAUCCCACCACUGAACCACACAGAAAUCUUCCUAGUAAGGAGGCGGCUGAAAAGCACAACAGCAGGUGGCUUCAGUCUUUCUUGGGACGAACAGAGCUUUGUCACCUGUGGCUACACUGUGGAGUGGUGCAUUCUGGGAAGUGUAGUACCUUGUACUGUGCAGUGGCUAAAGCUGCCAAAGGAAAAUAACACUGUAUUCCUGCCUGCUGAACAUUUCAAAGCAGGUCGGAGGUACUCUUUUCAUAUUUAUGGAUGCACAGAAAAUGGACACAAACUCCUGGAGAUACAAACUGGAUACUCACAGGAGCUCAAAUCUGUACAGUCCCCCAGUCUGGUAUAUCCGGUUCAGAGCACAUCUUCUUCUGUGACACUGGAGUGGCAUUACAAUGAAGAUGAUCCAGCUCUGCCAGCAUUCAUCAUUGGCUACCUGGUUAAAGUGCAAGAAGUGGGAUCUGAUAUGCUGCCAGGUCAAGCUGCAAAUUGUUUCGAAGUUACAGUGGCAGACCCUUUGCAGAAGUCUGUGACUUUUGAGGGUCUACACCAGAACCAAGAAUACAUCUGCUCCAUUAGUGCUCUCACCAAAGAGGGGCCUGGAAUAGCUGCCAGCAUCACUAUCAGGACCAGAAGAAACUACUUUGCUCACAUUGCAAAGAUCCUGAUUCCCAUUUUGCUAUUGCUGGCCUGCGCCUUUGUCCUGUGGCCCCAAAGAAAAAUGCUAAAGAGUGGACUGAGGGAGAUAUUUGUUUAUCCAGCUGGUAUGAACAUUAAAACCCCUGAGUUUGACAACUACCUGUAUGAGAUGGAUCAGAGGCUCCAGUCCCAGAGGGUGGAAGAUUGCAUCUGCUGUGACAUCGAGAUCUUGAAUAUCAAACCUCUGCUUGAUGAAACAACGACAAUAGGAAAUCCUGAGCUCACAAACACACUGUGCUCUACUAUUUCCCAGUCUGCUCUUUCAAUCACACCAUCUUCCUGUGUGGUGCUCCAAACAGACUACCAUCCACAGGCUGCCGUAGUCUGGGAUAGACCAACCCCUCAGCAAAUGACAUGCAUCACUAACAAGAGUUACUUGCACUGUUGUCAAGAAUUACCCUGAAUAACAAUAAGCUAGAUUCAGAGGAAUAAGUUCCAGCUUUGAGCUUUCUUACAUAUAGGAAUUGUGGAUUGUCAUAUGUGGUUACAGAUAAUAUUUAAAUAUUGUUUUAAAGGCCAAACCAAAAGUGGAAAUGUCUUGGGUUUUUAUUUCUCCAUUUUAGGAAUAUAAAUGCUGUAAAUAGUAUAGAUGCGGAAUUAAUUUAGCACAUUUUACAUCCUUUUUCUUAUGUUUUUUGUCUUGGAAGUGGUUGCUUUUAUAUUUUUUCAUGGCACAGUGUACAGCUUGUUGCAACAGAAAAUUCACAGCAGUAAAGUCGUUAACACUUAGAAC